AUGUUCGUUAAGUUACUCUGCGCCGUAGUGACCAGGCUCCUCUUCAUCCUCCUCUCGCUGAUAGCGGUAUGGAGAGUGGUGUGGGUGAAGAGGAACCGGCUUUACUGGUUUCUUACGAUCCUCUACUUACCUCUGGUGGCCGAGAUGAUCCUGACCCUGAGGAGAAGGAAAGGAAAGGACUACAAGUGGUUUUCCCCGGCGAUAUUCCUCUUCCUCAUCAGCAUCCUUCCAUCAUUAUGGAUCUUAGAACUGCACCAUCAGGAAAACAAAUCCACGGACUCAAGGUGUAAUAAACUCGACUCAACCGAAAACAUUAAGAACUUCAUCAGCCAAUGGCGGAACGGGAGCAACGGCAGCGAGCUGUUCAAGGGAAUGGAAAAUCCACUUUCUUCAGUGUGUGCCAAUAACUGGAUCCUAGCCUUCCAUCAGAUCUUGCUGAUCUUGCUGAUCCUGGGGAAGUGGCUGCUUCCAGCUGGUGGGGGGCUGACCAGAGACCAGCUCUCCCAGCUGCUGCUCAUCUUCGUGGGCACAGCCGCCGACAUACUGGAGUUCACCUCUGAAACCCUGUCUGAUGUCCGGGACAGCAGUUCCAGCACGGUCUACAUUAUUCUGGCCGUUUGGACCUGGAGCAUGCUGCAGUUUCCUCUGCAUCUCUCAGUGGUAGGCGUCCCUUCAGAUGAUGUGUCCGAGGCCGGCUCCUCGGCCCUCUCUCGCCACAGGACCGACAUCUGGAGUGCCAUCGAGGCUCUCUUCAUCCAGGACGGGCCGUUUCUGGUGACACGCCUCACCGUCAUGCUCUGCUUCAACGUGGUCCACCAAAUGCUGAUCUUCUUUGCCAUCAAAAACUUCCUGGUGGUCAUUCUCAACAUCUACCGACUCUGCAUCCUCGUUUGCGACCGGGACACCUCCUGAGUUUGCUUGUGGUUACAGCAGGUUGAGUAUUAGUGAUGAUGAUACAUCAUAGGCCAGGUUCAGGA